AUGAUUAGCUUUAAAAAAGGCUAUAAGAAAAAUCGCCCUCGUCAGGGCGAAUCACUACGUCUUCAGAUCCUCCAGUGGAAUGCUGGAGGAAUGUCUCCGGACAAAAAGAUCCAAAUACAGAAAAUCCUACAAACCUAUGAUGUAGACAUUUUCACAAUUAUGGAAGCUAACAUUUCGGAUGACAAACUGAAGCACUACCAAUUCCCAGGUUACACCCUUUACCAUCUACCUAAAUACCGGCAAGUUGCAAGUGGAAUUCUAACUGGAGUAAAAGAAGGCAGCCAAGGCAAAUUAAGGCUGCAAGUUGGAAAAUAUGGCUUUUGGCAGAUCUAUUCUGUCAUGCAGCUACGUUGCAAGAGAAGUGUUGAGAAAAAACCUCUGCACAAAGUUUGGCUUGGUUUUCAAUCGGCCAAUUUGAGAAACGGCUGCAUGAAUGAGAAUUUAACUGUUACAUCCAAAUCCAAUCUUUUACAAACAGGUCCUUCACAGGGAGUUGUCACAAGUUGCACUCGUUCAAUGUUUUCAUCAAUGACAGCCGAACUGAAGAAACGCGCUCACUGGCAGAUUGAGGCAAUCAAUGUGAACUGUCAUGCAGAUCAAUGGCUCGAAGUCUUCACUGAUGAGGCGUACAUAGGAAACCAAGCAAACCUUGGUGCAAAUGCUUCCUCUCAACUACUCGCUUUCUUUGCAGCUGCAAGACACUAG